GAUAACAAGGUGUGCACCCAUUUCUAUUCCCAUUGAAGAGUGCUGAGAGAUCUAUUAUUUAAAGUCUCUUGAACACUGAGUUUAUGAAUAGUACAAGAGAGGCCAUGGAUGAGGGAGCCUCAGCUGAAGGAGUCUUGGGGGGAUCCAGCCUGGGUUGGGACUGAAGGGGAGCUCACUGGGAGGCCGGGUGGGCCUGGAGGGUGGAGAAGCAGAGGCCCCAGUGGAAGGAAGGAGGGCCCACCAUUAAUAAUAAUCAUAAUCUGGGGACUGAGAGCGGCUGACAUGGCGCCAAGCCCGAACAACAUAUUACAACAAAAUAAAACCAAAGUAUAAACAACAAACAACAUGACCUGGCUCUGAAGUCAAUAAAGGGCUUGUGAGUUCACUCCCCAAGAAAAAGCCUCCUGAAACCUGUUGUCUCAUUCUGCCUUUCUUUCACAGAAGAAACGUGAGCAUUUUGGAGUACAGCCUGUGGAGGGAUUUCUUUCCCUUGAGAGAAAUGGCAGGAAACGCCUCUGGGAUACAGUUUGCUUCUCCAUCAAACAGUGGCUCCAACACGGAGAGACCCAACUCACCUGGACCUGAAGCAGGAAAGGCCUCCGGGAGCAGUGGGGAAUCCUGGGAAGGAACUACGCAGACGUUCCUGAAUACAAAUAUACAGUGCCAGCGCUUCAGGCAUUCCUCCUUCCGAGAGGGCGAGGGACCCAGAGAGGUUUGCAGCCGCCUCCACUCUCUCUGCCGCCAGUGGCUGAAGCCAGAGCAACACACCAAGGCGGAGAUGCUGGACCUGGUGAUCCUGGAGCACUUCCUGAGCCUCCUGCCCCCAGAGAUGGGGAGCUGGGUCCGAGAGUGUGGGGCAGAGACCUCUUCCCAGGCGGUGGCCCUGGCAGAAGGCUUCCUCCUGAGUCGGGCAGAGGACGAGAAGCAGGAAGGACAGGCCCAAAAUAACUGCAUGGAAGUCCAGCCUGAUGUCCCUUCAUCAGAAAAGCCUCACUCGGACACCAAGCAGAGCCUCCGGCAGAAGGAGCUGAAGCAGGAAGGAGAGGGGGCUGCAGCCUGGCAGGGGGCUGGAAUGAUGCUGUUGCCGAAUCCUCAGUCGUUUCUUCCGCUUUGUGAUGGAGUGGAAGUGAAUCAGGGCCCAAUUGCCUUUGAGGAGGUGGCUGUCCCUUUCCCCCUGGAGGAGUGGGUUCUCCUGGAUCCUGAUCAGAAAGCCUUGCACGUGCAGAUCAUGGAGGAGACUCGUGGGAUGGUGGACUCUCUUGCAGAUAACUGGAAGAAGAGCAAUGUAUGCACCAAACACAGGACGCAUUUGGGACACAAUGGGGACCUUCCUAGACACCAGCAAACUCAGAGUGAAAAUGGAGAUUCUGCCAGAGAAAGGCCCUACAAAUGCAAUGUAUGUGGACAAUGUUUUACGCAAAAUAUGGGACUUAAACUACACAAGACACUCAGUGCUGGGAAAAGUGAUUGUAAAUGGAAAAUAUCAGCAAAAUGUAUUGCUGAUUACAAAUCGCCACAUCGGAGCAUAGAAGAAAUAUUUCAAGGAACUGAUGAUAUCAUAAGCCGGGAGUGUGGGACAUCUUUUAUGCAGAGUUCACACUUGAAACAUGAGCGAUUUCAGACAGCACAGGGACCAUAUAGAUGUCAGGAGUGUGGAAAGUGUUUUGCUUCCAGUUCACAAUUGAUGAGGCACAAAAAGCUUCACACAGGAAAGGAAGGGUACAAGUGCCAGAAGUGUGGGAAAUGUUUUACUCAAAAUACACAACUUAUAGGCCACUGGAGAUCCCACACAGGAGAGAAGCCAUACCAAUGCCAGGAGUGUGGGAAAUGUUUUAGUUACCAUUCACUCUUGUUGAGGCACAAAAGUGUUCACACAGGAGAGAAGCCAUACCAAUGCCAGGAGUGUGGGAAAUGUUUUGCUGACCGUUCACACUUGGUGAGACAUAAAAGAGUCCACACAGGAGAGAAACCAUACCAAUGCCAGGAGUGUGGGAAAUGCUUUGCUGACCGUUCAGACUUGGUGAAGCACAAAAGACUCCACACCGGAGAGAAACCAUACCAAUGCCAGGAGUGUGGGAAAUGUCUUGCUUACCCUUCAGACUUGGUGAGCCACAAAAGACUCCACACCGGAGAGAAACCAUACCAAUGCCAGGAGUGUGGGAAAUGUUUUGCUUACCCUUCAGACUUGGUGAGCCACAAAAGACUCCACACAGGAGAGAAACCAUACCAAUGCCAGGAGUGUGGGAAAUGUUUUGCUCGCAGUUCACACUUGGUGAGCCACAAAAGACUCCACACAGGAGAGAAGCCAUACCAAUGCCAGGUGUGUGGGAAAUGUUUUGCUCACAGUUCAGUCUUGCUGAGGCACAAAAGACUCCACACAGGAGAGAAACCAUACCAAUGCCAGGAGUGUGGGAAAUGUUUUGCUCAUAGUUCAUACUUGGUGAGGCACAAAAAACUCCACACCGGAGAGAAGCCAUACCAAUGCCAGGAGUGUGGGAAAUGUUUUGCUUGCCGUUCAGACUUGGUGAGGCACAAAAGACUCCACUCCGGAGAGAAACCAUACCAAUGCCAGGAGUGUGGGAAAUGUUUUGCUCACAGUUCAGCCUUGGUGAGCCACAAAAGACUCCACACAGGACAGAAGCCUUAGAAAUGCCAGAAGUGUGAGAAAGGUUUUGCUUUCCCGGAAACAUGAUGAGGGCCAUGUAGAAAGAUGUGAGGGAAAGUUGUCAGUGUAUGGUUUUUGUAUGAUGUGCGUUUAAAUGUAAUUUUAUGUAAUAGGAUUGUGAUUGUAAAAGGAUUGUAUUGCCAGAAUGUAUUCUGACACAGAAGGGUUAAACAGCAGAGUUAGCAAGCUGUGAAGAUGUGACCCUGAGUUCUUGCCUU